AUGUCAUCAACUUUUCUUACUUACGCAUCUACACUCAUUGGUUCUUUGUCUAGAAGCACCACUCCCGAACCUCAAAUCGUGGCUAGGUUAACUAACCCUCGCAUUCCUGCUGCCGGAGGUAGGGUUAACUCUGCUCCAUCUGAACAUUCCGACCUAGCAGCAGGCAUGAUUCUAUCAGUAGAUGGUCUGAUAAAUCAAGAAAACGAGAUUGAUGAGCAGAACACCCAUAUCAAACAUCCAUACUUGACCAACAAAGGUCCUUCGGAUCAUACAACCUGUGUGAUUGUUCAUCAGAAAGCUGCAACAGCUAUGUGCUUGACUACAGUCAAGAAUGAAGAUAAGAUGGAGUUCAGCAGAAUCUUGGAAGCCAUCAAGGAAAAUUUCAAUGAUAAGUAUAAUGAGUACAGAAAGAAGUGGGGUGGUGGGAUAAUGGGGUCAAAAUCACAGGCUAAAACCAAAGCAAAAGAGAGGGUUCUUGUUAAGGAGGCUGCUCAGAGAUUGACAUAAAUACCCUUCAUUAUCUUGGAAGCUUUGUGUUUAGUACCUCUUAAGUUAUAUAUUUUCAAAGG